GUGGACGGUAAGUCGUAUCGAAUCAUUAUGGGGAUUUACAUACCAUUGAAACAUGUGCCACUUUAAAUGUCACAUACAAACUGUAAAUAGGAAAUUACCUCAUCUCUUAACAAGGUACUGUUAGCAAAUGAUGUAGCAGAUUUUUUGGAAGACGUUUUUUUCGGAAGACGGAUUACGAAUUAACAUGACAGGGAUUGCAGUUUGAUUCGAAGCAACUGAUGGGGUAUUAACGUAUCAACACAAUAUGAAUCCCGACGAGAAAAGUAAGAUAAUCCAGAACCUGACCUACUUGAAAGAGAGGCUGGUGGAAUUGGACCCUAUCAUCGACAGAUUGAUAGAAAACGACGUUUUCCGAUUUCACCACAGAGCACAGAUCGAGCAGAUCUCCAAACCUACUCCACAUAGGCAGUUUAACGAGUUUAUAAAGAUACUGACGUCGUCAGGAAACAGGGAUGCCUACAGUACGUUCAUCGAAGCACUUAAGACCGAGGGAUAUACCCCGAUUGCACAGAAACUACAGAAAACUGCACCGAAAGAUUUCGUUGUCCGGUCCGGUAGUCGCCUGGCAAAUAGAAUCAACUCUGCUUCCACUUCCGCCGGAAGGAAGACGAACUAUGAGCCUGUGGUUCCGGUACAAGUUGCUAUCCCAGACGACGCCGGAGCCGCCAGUUUACCCGUUGCGCGGUCUGAUGGGUGUACGGACUGUUCUAGCACCGUAAAAGCUGUACUGGAGGCGUUCGGCAGGAACCAAGAACAUGUUUUGGAGAACAUUGAACGUCAACGCAGGGAGGACAGGCAAGAAAUGGAGAAACAACGGCAGAAGGACAAACAGGAAUACCAACAACAGAUGCUACAUCUGUUUGGGAAAUGUCAAGCGGAAAAACACGACAUUAUUAAACAAACAGAGACAUCAUUAGAAAAACUUCAGGAAGAAAUCGAUCAUGUGAGGAAAGUGAACGUAGAAUACAGUUUUCUCAAGGAACAGUAUGACUAUCUACGAGAAAAACAACAAGGCAUGAGGGAGAAAGAUAAUGAACGACGCGAAAGACUUCUGCAACUUACAAAGGAAAAAGAAGAAGGCAAACGAGAAAACCAAAAGUUGGAAACCAAGAUAGAACAUUUGGAAACUAAACUACAAAUGAGCGAAGACACACGGGAGGAUAUUGAAAACAAACAAUAUGAAAGUAACAAAUACAUCGAACGACUGGAGUCUGAGAAAGACGAUCUGAUGAAGCAGUUACGUGAAAAAGAACAAGAAAAUAAGUCAUUACGCGACCGUGUGGACGAUCAAUACGUCCAAAUCACAGACCUGUUACAGAAACAACGAGAUCACGAAGAAAGACACGAAGAUCCGGAGUUCUCCCAAACGCGCGAACAACAAAUCAGAAAGCUGGACAUGAUUUACGGUAUGAUGCAAUCCAUCUCGAAAGAGAAAACAGCAUCUGUACCACCAGGCAAACUUGAGUUUAGGCCAAAGAAGAUGAUCAUUGGCACCAACCUAGCCAAGGCUACUCUUGCGGACAGGAGGAAGAUGAGGACGGACAGGUUCGAUUCGUAAACAUAUUAAGUUUUUAUAAGCUUGGUAUUUGUAUUAGUAUACGUUUCCUUAGGAUGAUAUGCCCGUUUUCCAUUUUAUUAUCGGGGAUAUAUUUUUUUAUGAAAAUACAAUUAAUGUAAUGUAAUGUCACACACUGAAAUGGAACCAUGACGCAAGCUAUUUUAAACAACAUAGAGUAUUUUUAAGACUGACACGCUAACUAUGGUGAGGUUCUCCGUCGGGUUAUACCGGCGCACAUAUAUGCAAGAUCAACUUACAGCUUGUACAUUUUAUACCUUUUAAUCAGUCACAGGUGCAAAGCCACAUUUUGUACAGAGGUGAUAAAGAAUUGAGACACCGAGAUGGCAGACUGCCACAUGUCGUAUGUGGAACCUCAUUGGCAGGCGUCCAUUUCAAGCUUCCGAUUAUUACUCAUGCAAUUGUCUUUAUUGAUUCACAGCUUGAACAUUAUAUGUGUGUAUAUAAAAAUAUAGAAUGUUAUGUUACAGCAUGUUAUCUUGUUUGAAGGUUUUUGUGUUAUGUUAAUUUUAUUCUGGUUAUGAAA